CGGCGACUCCGUACGACCGUAUCUCUGCAAAUGGCAGGCGGUGCAUGAUACUCCGUUUGUUUGCAUCGUAUGCACGGUCGUAACUCAUAGGUAAUCAUCUCUUUCUCCGCGGUGCCACCUCGAAGGUUCUACGCUGAGUAUUUCGUGUUUACUCGAGGUCACGGGUUUAAUCGGGUCUUGGUGGAGUACAGAUAGAGCGGUUGAGUUCGAGAACCCGGAUCGAGAAGACGCACAGAAAGGAUGGCGAAGUUGGUGGAUGUUUGGCGGGACGACGAGCCGGUGAUACUGAGAAAUAACCAAAUGCCGCUGAACAUCGAGGGGAGCCUGUCGAUGAUCAUGGAUUUAUGUGGCUUGAACAUGAUCUGUAACUCUCCUUUGAUCCGUGGCAAGUCGCUGGACGAAUUCACAAGGAAGUUGGAUAUGCUCACGAAGGAAGAGAUCAAAGCGUCGUUCAAGGUCACUGAUAAGGAUGUAAUGGCAAUUUUGAGCCAGGUUGAACCAUGCGUCGGUUGUCGAAAGAGUGUUGAAAGACUGUUGGGGGAUUUGAUGAAGUAUGGGUAUCCUGCGUUACAUCCGUUGGUUAUCACUCACAAAGGUUUGCUUUCUGUAACGGACGAGGUCUUGGAAGAACCCCAACUGCUUUGUACAAUGUUGAAUGGACACAGUGUUAGGUUAAAUAAUUUAGUAGAGAAACAACAAAGAAAUAGGAAAUCUCAACGAUGCGUGCUGCAUUCCUUAGAGAUUCAACGAAUGCGACCGUUGCCGAAUGCAUGGAAGGAGGCAUGGAAUUGCAUGAAUGAGUCGUGCAGGCAGGAGAUUGCUCUGAUAGAAACGGACACGUUGGACGAUACCUUGGAGACUUAUCUGCACAAACACAGGUUUUGUAUCGAGUGUCGUAACAAGGUGUUGCUGGCGUCUUCACUUCUGACACGAGAACCCGAUCCUGCGAAGGAGAAAGGCUACGUAGCAGUUUUAUAUUCUGGAAUCAAGCGUUGCAUAUCCGAUCACCACAUACACUUGCCAGUCGUCACGGAGUACAUCGGUACUCUUAUUGGUCGCACGCAGCCAGAAAUCAUGGGAAGAGAACGCCAUGCGAAAACGCUGGAUAUUGCUCAGAAAGAGGUACUUACGUGUUUAGGAAUAUGCUUGGCGGAACGGCUGCACAAGAUCCAUCGACGGCUGAAGGAAGAGGAGACUGUGUGUAAAGUAUUAGCCGCUGUCGCGGUGGAAGCAUUGUUUAGAAACUUCCAGAUGGCGAUUGAGGUGAAGCAAGGUAUCUCGCAGUUAGAAUUAUUGUACGAGGAAUUCACGAGGGAGGAAGUUGCAAAGCGGCAGAGGCGCGAGAAACUACGACUCAAACGUAAGAAGAAGAAGGAACGUCGUUACGAGACGGAGGAGAAGGAAAAUUCCUGUGACUGCUCAAGUGUGAAGCAAAAUGGUAAAUCCUGUAGCUGUGCAAAAUCGAAAUCAACAACGCAGAACAUCGAUUGGCACAAGUUGCAGGUGUUAGAUCCGAAAAAUAAAGGUCCGCCAACGUGUAAGUGUUCGGAUUGUUUAAAGAAGCCAAAAACACCGAGUAUAUCACAGACGAAAAGUAAAACCGACUUAGCAUUCCCAGUGACCAAGAUGGCAAGUGCGCAGAAAGUGAAAAAGGGUGCCACUGAAGCGAAAACGAAAUUUAGCAUAAGCCAGUUGAAGCAAGAUAAUACAUCCCACAAACAAUUACCUCAUGAGGACUCGUGCGACACUUGCGAGUCCUGGAAAGAAGAUAAAAAGCUGGACGAGUGUCCGUGCCGUUACGUCUAUGCUAACUGCGAAGAUUCCAUGUCUAAAGAGCUAAUAGACGCUUGGAUAAUGAAGCCCAGUAAAACUAAAUACACCAUGUGGAUAGAGAUGAAGAAACGUUUCGAAAUGUCGAAAAAGAAAGAUCACUCCUCCAGCGAGCAGUCGUCCCAGGAUUACGGAUACUCUUCCGAAAACAAUAUCAGCAGUUCUUCCCUUCCCAGCACCCCGGAGGGCUCCGAAGUAGCUUGCAGCGAUGAGUGCUGUAAUUAUAACUGUCGCGAUACGUUGUGUGAUAAAUUUCAUUCCAAUUUUAGUAUCUCUUUACUGAAGGAGGGGGGCUUGACGCUUACACAAAUGUUGGAGGACUCUGAUAAAGACGAGAAAGACAGUUAUAUUCCAAGAGAGGAAGUAUUAGAAUUUAAGUCAAAGUUGCGACAGCACACGAAAAAACGGCAGGAACUUCGGCAAAUGCUUAGAGAACGUUUCGCCAUGUUGUGCAGCCAUCAGAAUAAUUGCUUACCAUUCUUUAAUAAGAAUUCUUCACUGAGAAUCCGUAGACACUAAUGACAGCGACUCAAUAUAAUAUGUACAGUAUUUCCUCAAUUUUUCUUUGUUAUCAUUGAUUUACCGUCAGCAGUAAUACGCAAAAUAGAUAUUUUCAAGAAUUAUUGCCAUUUCACAAGUCGAUAUCUUUCGAUGCAAUUAAACUACUGAAAAUGAAAUAUGUAUCAAAAAACCCAAAAGAAAAAAAAUAUUCUAUCGAAA